AGCUUCUUAGGGCCCUCGCUUAUGUAGCUCCUAGCGGCUCAGCCGUGCCCCCCGGUAAGGAGUGGGCAGUGCCGAGCCCGUGGAUCCUUCCGCGCGGGGCGCAGCGCUGCGACCGGCCGCCAUUUUGGGCGCGGGGAGGCGGCCGAAAGAGUUUAUCAUGUUGGGCUCUGGGUUCAAGGCUGAGCGCUUGCGAGUCAACCUGCGUCUUGUCAUCAAUCGCCUCAAACUGCUGGAGAAAAAGAAGACUGAGCUGGCCCAGAAGGCAAGGAAGGAGAUUGCAGAUUACCUGGCAGCCGGAAAAGAUGAGCGUGCUAGGAUUCGUGUGGAGCACAUCAUCCGUGAAGAUUACCUUGUGGAGGCCAUGGAGAUCCUGGAGCUCUACUGUGACCUGCUGCUGGCCCGCUUUGGCUUGAUCCAGUCCAUGAAGGAGCUGGACUCUGGCCUGGCAGAAGCAGUAUCUACGCUGAUUUGGGCUGCACCUCGACUCCAGUCAGAAGUUGCUGAGUUGAAGAUUGUUGCUGAUCAGCUCUGUGCCAAGUACAGCAAGGAGUAUGGGAAGCUGUGCCGGACAAACCAGAUUGGGACAGUCAAUGACAGGCUGAUGCACAAACUGAGUGUGGAGGCACCGCCCAAGAUCCUGGUGGAGAGAUACCUCAUCGAGAUUGCAAAGAACUACAAUGUGCCCUAUGAGCCUGACUCAGUGGUGAUGGCUGAAGCCCCUGCAGGCGGAGAGGCAGAUCUGAUUGAUGUGGGAUUCACAGAUGACGUGAAGAAGGGAGGAGGAGGUGGUGGUGGAUUUACAGCCCCGAUGGAUGGAUUGGUACCCAUGCCAGUGCUGAUGCCUAUGCCCAUGCCAACACCAAAUCCACCCUUCUAUCAGCCUCCAAAGGGACCGGAUGACUUCAGUGGCCUUCCAGUGGGGACCUACCAGCCUUUCGCUAACAUCCAUCCUCCACCAAUUCCUGCAACCCCACCAACGUACGAGCCUAUUGAUGAGCCUAAUGCUGACAAGGACGCUUCUGUACCAGCAGCUGAGCCUGGGCCCAAGUUGGAACCUUCUCCUAAACCAAAACCAAGAACCAAACCUGCUGGAGCUCCUAACACUGUUGAUAACUUUGUGCUGCCUGAAUUGCCAUCCGUGCCGGAUACACUGCCAACAGCAUCUGCCGGCGCAAACUCUUCUGCCUCUGAAGACAUUGACUUUGAUGAUCUUUCUCGGAGGUUUGAGGAGCUAAAGAAGAAAACGUAAAACUGACUGGGCUAUAACUGCACUGUGAGGGGAAGGAGCUGCGACAGCCACUUCUCUCUGAAACACUCCUCUGAAACUGGUUUCCUGCAUUAACCUCGAAUGAACGCGCUCUUCUUUUUGAGCUCUCUUCCUGCUGUACUUAAAUCAAAUACUGUCGCUUUCUGAUCUUAGUUGCUCCAGGAAGUGAACUGUGGGGAAUCUUGUGAGACUGGAGCAGGGAACAGCCCCUGUCAGUCUAGGUGGCUAUGGAGGAAAGCUGCGCGUGACGUUCUGGGUGCCAUUGCUGGCUGCCUCCUCAGUGGCUCUGUGACCCCUCCUGCAGAGAAGGGAGACGAAAGCUGGAACAGGAUGGAGCUUUAUCCUCUCUGCCCGUGGUCUUGGAGGCAGCAGCAUCCACACAUUUGCCCCUCUCUGCUGGGUGAUUAAAUUUCCCUUUGGAAAGACUUCUCACUAACUGGGACAGGAAUAGUCAUGAGCUCCAAUUGUAGGUGGUUGCGGUUGCCUUGGAAGCUGAUGUCCUCUUUGGCUUCUGCUUUUGGAGAGCCCUCCAUGGCUUUCCCUGCGUUCUCAGCAGUGUGUCUGCUCCCUGUUCCCAGGAAGGCAGGAUUGUACACAGACCCACUCAGGGCUGUGUUCUGCCCGGUCUCACUGGGAGCACAAACGGGCCAGAGAGACCUGGCCUGCGCUGCGGGCUGCACCCGUUCCUUUCCCACGGGACACGGGCUGCGCACAGAGAGCCGAGGUCCAGGCGCUCUCCCAGGGUAGGGAAGUGCCCUGCGCUCUCGAGCCUGUACCUAACACUUUCACACAAUAUUUCCUUCGAGUUUUUGAUUUGUAUCUUACAGGUUGGGACCUAAUAAAGUUUGGGAUUGGGA